CUUCUGACCGCAUCUAUAAUACUGACGACUGUAGAGGCCCGUGUCUUGCCAGCGGCGAGAGGAGCACGGUAAUAAACUAGAUCCAUCCACCGUCCCCGACAGCAUCAGCAGCCGUGGCGUCCGCACAGACUCUCGCUCAACUCCGCUCUCUCGGCCUUCCAUCAGCCGCUACCAUGCAGCAGUACAUUUCCGACGAUGCUGAUCGCCAGAAUCGGUUCCUGUCCGACCAUGGCACAGAAACGCCCAACAGCCUCCGUGAACGCGCCGCGAGCCAGCCCCCGAGGACAUCCAGCCAUGCGUUCUUCUCUUCUCCAAUGCAGCCUACGAGAAACCCUUCUGGCGGCGUCUGGCCUCGUCUCUCAGGCUUGAACCCUAACAAUAUCAAUGGUGCUCUUCCUCAAAGCGUUCCCACGCGCCACGCUUCCUUCUCUUCCUCUCCUCCUGCCAACUCGCUCACCUCUGUCAUGCGCGAGUCUCGCUUUGCGUCCACGUUUGAGGAUGACGAGUCCGAGGCGCUUUCCGACAUUCAAGACGCAUACAGCGCGGAUCCGUACGAUCCUUACGACGACAGGUUCAACCGCCCUUCCUACCAGAGCUCGCGCGGCCGCACGUAUGCAAUCGACCUCACACGCAGCAGGUCGCAGUCCCUCGCUACCUCUCGGCCGGGCGCCAUAGGCAGCGGUCUCCCUCACGGUUCUUCCAGCCUAUGGAAUGACUCCGUUCUUUCUAACGCGAAGAACAUCCCAACCUCUCGGUACAACGGCGAACUCAAACCACCUGGAAGUAGCCGAUACGGUUCCCUCGGUGCAAUUGCCAGGUCAUCUUCCACUGGAUACGGGUCGAUCACGGAUCCCUCGAAUAUGAGCCCCUUCGUUCGAGAUGUGGGCCAGAUCCUUCUCGAUGAUGGAUCCGCCUUCCGCGAGCUCUGGGCAGGGAUGAAUCCCCCGCGAGAUGAAAACGGCGGCGGCGGUAGUGGAACUACCAGCCGGCGUCAUAGCGUAAGCGUGGUGCAGUCGCGAAGGCCGACUAUAGUUGGAUUCAAUGCCCCAGCUGCGAAUGGGGGCGAUGGUCCGGAGGAGAUGAAUCGCCCUGGGCCCUUCCACUCUGCUACCUUCGCCGGCGGAGGGGGACUCAUGAUCUCUGACGACGAGCUCGCAAGCGACCUUAACAUGCUCAGCUUCCGAGACGACGCUUCACGCGAUACCACCAACGCCCGCUCGCCGCCAUCUACCCUAUCGAUGCAACCCCCAAGCCAGCCGUCUUCGCUCCCGAUCUACGCACCUCUCUCGCGCAGUCCGCCCUCAGCGCGGGAGCGCCUUUCGCCGUACCAGCCGCUGCACCUCAACAUACCCAGUGGCUCCUUUGCAUCUCGCCAGCCGACCGGCUCGCCAAGCGACAGCGGACUCUCAGGCGGGAGUCCUUCGCGUGGUGGGCACGUUGACAGUUAUGUGCAGGAGGGCAUCGCGUUCGGCGGUGCGCGCCAGGCGCGGUUCGUCCCGGGCCAGGGCAUACAGCACAUUCCCGAGCAAUCCGUGCUACCGUCACCGCUUUCCCCCGUAGGCGUGCGCUCGAACGGACACUACGGGCAAGGCCCCACUCACGCACUCGGUCACCCGCACUCGCCGCAGAUGCAGCGGCGUCCUUCGGAUGCGAACAAGACGUUGAAUGACCUGGGCAAGGGCGUGCCGCUGCACUCGGUGCCGACGUCGUGGCCAUUGUUCAUCGUCGAGUUCAAGGCAGGGCGGACAGACUUGUUUUACUCCACCGACCUCACGCAGGAUCACAUCCGUGUGGGCGACCUCGUCAUCGUGGAGGCGGACCGUGGAAAGGACUUGGGCACGGUCAUCAACGACACCAUAACGCUCGCAGAGGUAGAGGCGUUCCAAAAACAGCAGAAGCUGAUGAAUAUUGGGUAUGCGGACGCGCAUGGCGUGCCGACGAGCCCGAGUGGAAGUGGCCCGAGCGGGAAGGAGAUCAACCCGAAGGUCAUUUUCGGAAAGGCGACAGCGGCGGAUAUCCAGACGCUCGCCAUCAAGUCACAGGAUGAAAACAAGGCACUGGAGCUGUGCCGUAGCAAAGUGCGACAACGUAAGCUUCCGAUGGAGGUUGUCGACGCAGAAUACCAAUGGGACCGUCGGAAGCUCACAUUCUACUUUGUCGCUGAGAAACGGAUCGAUUUCCGCGAACUCGUGCGGGAACUGUUCCGUCUGUACAAGACUCGAAUUUGGAUGGCCUCUCUCGGCGGCGCCGGAGGCUAUGAGCAAUGAUUCUCUUGUAUGUCAACGUCAUGACCCGCCCGCUCUCGCGGCGAUGACCGACUGAUCACCCUACUCACGUUCCUCAAGACAAUUGACCUGUUCAAUUCAAGCGCAUUUAGAUAUGCAUAUAUCGUAGUUGGGUUAUACCUCUUCUCGCUCUCCGUCUCUUUGUUCCAUUACCACGUCUAGUGCUACUGUUUGCUGUCGUGUUGUACGCUACCGAGUCGAAAGCCCAAGCCCCAAGAGGACCUCUGUGAUUUGUUUUCCAGAUACAGCCCAUCUUCACCCGUAUUCCCCUCUACACAUCCAAUGCUAUACUGUACAUUAGUUUCCCCGCCGUAUCUGCGUGUCUCUCUGCUCGAUAUACAUCUUACCCCAUUCCUAUACGGGCCAUGGCGCCGGUAGAGUGGGAGCGACGGACAUUGCAGCAGUGCGUGCGUUCGUGCGGACCUGUCCAGUAGUGCGGAGUCUC